AUGGCUUUGCUCGACACCAUCAUGGCGAAGCCCGAGAUCCUACUACACAUUGGUAUAGCUUUAAUGACAGUUCUGUUGAGCACAGCUGUGUUCAAAGUCGUCCUCGGAUUCAAGGCUUUGAAGGACUAUCGCGUUUUCUUUCCAUGGUCGAGUGAGACGACGUACUAUUUGCUGGACCACGAGCCGAUGCGCAAGCUCUUUGCACGAGCCCCGAAUCUGGAUGCUUUUGCUCUGGCACGCCGUCUCCAUUACAAGGUCUGGGGUGUUCCACCGCUCGCAUACAAGGACACCCUUAGAGAAGCAGCCAAGCAGAUCCAUCGAGAACUUUCGGCAAAGAACCUCGGUCCCGUCUCCGAGUCCUUUGAGAAGGUGAUUCUGCAAGACAUCAACAGCCUGAAAGCAAGCUUGGGCCAGGGCCGGCGAAUUCCGUUCCAUACAACAUUUUACCGCCUUGCAUAUGCCGGGAACCAAAAGGCCAUCUACGGCCCCAAUCUCCCCAUUCGAGAGACUCGCGUGGCUCUCCAGAACUUUUCCAUCUACUUGCGCUACUUGAACACGACCCCGUCGCUGCCUCUUCUCCCUACCGAGUGGUGGAACCGCAUCGUCCCCAAGGCGCGGCGCGGCGCCGAGGCGAGAGACAAGGUCACGAAUGCCCUGAUAAAGUGGCAGAAGGAAGGCGGGGUCGACACCUGUUCUGAAACCUGGAGGAACAUUAUGAAGAUUGUCUUGGAUAAAAAGGUUGACAUUGUUCACGCCAACCGAUGGGUCAAUAUGGUGCUGUUCGGUUUUCAGGGCAACACGGGAGAACAACCAGGCUGGGGUUUCCUCCACCUGCUGCAGUCACCCAAGCUGUGGAAAGCCAUCAAGGCCGAAGUGGAUGCACUGCCGGCCGACUCUCUCGUCGGCGUUGACUUCCGCCGCGCGGCGCCUCACUUGUACUCGGCCAUCCACGAGACCUUGCGCCUAUCCACGGCCGUCUUUGCCGGGCGCACCACGACGCAGCCCACCAAGAUUGAGGGCUGCGACACCGUCUUCCCCAAGGGCGUGCUGAUCAGGAUCAUGAGUCGGGCCUCGUCCUUUGAUUCUUCCGUGUGGGGUGACAACGCAGACUGCUUUGUAGGAGAUCGGUUUCUCAAGAAUGAGUCCUUGUAUCGCGAGGAACUCUUCUUUGGCGGAGGUGUUUCGGCUUGUCCCGGUCGUCACUUUGCAAUGGUUGAACUCGAGCUCCUCAUGUCGCACUUGAUCCGAAAUUUCGAGUUCGACGCUUCCAGCCUACAAAUGUACUCCAAGCUGAGCCCUGAAGCCGAGGACCUCGAGCUUGGUUGCGCCGUGGAGAAGCCAAGGUAUACUUGCGAAAUCAUUGGCUUGGACGGUACCCGAAUCACUGGCAUAUAUCCUGGCGUAGCGGAUGCCGACCGCUGCUGCUGA